AUGCCACCAGACUUGCUGGGUGGGAUGGUUUGUGUCUUGCUUCUUUACAGCUGCAAUGGAAGCCAUAAUCCCACCCCCUGUGGUAGUGGAUCAGGCUGCACCUGGAACUUUGGUGGUCCAGCCCACAGUUCAGUCCACAGUAACCAUGGUCCCACCACCACCUCAACCUACAAUCAUUCAGCCUGUGGUCCAACCAGAGGUAACAGUAGUCCAGCCAGCACCUCAGCCUACAAUGAUCCAGCCUGUGAUUCAACCAGAGGUAACGUUCAUCCAGCCAGCACCUCAGCCUACGAUAAUCCAGCCUGUGGUCCAACCAGAGGUAACGUUCAUCCAGCCAGCACCUCAGCCUACAGUGAUCCAGCCUGUGAUUCAACCAGAGGUAACGUUCAUCCAGCCAGCACCUCAGCCUACGAUAAUCCAGCCUGUGGUCCAACCAGAGGUAACGUUCAUCCAGCCAGCACCUCAGCCUACAAUAAUUCAGCCUGUGGUUCAACAGAGGUAACGUUCAUCCAGCCAGCACCUCAACCUACAAUAAUCCAGCCUGUGGUUCAACCAGAGGUAACAGUCGUCCAGCCAGCACCUCAGCCUACAAUAAUCCAGCCUGUGGUUCAACCAGAGGUGACAGUCAUCCAGCCAGCGCCUCAGCCUACCAUAAUCCAGCCUGUGGUUCAACCAGAAUUGAUGGUAAUCCAGCCAGCACCUCAGCCUACCAUAAUCCAGCCUGUGGUUCAACCAGAGCCGUCAGUAACCAUACUCCAGCCAGCACCAGUACCAACAGUUAUGCAGUCCAUCGUUCAACCAGUAGAUAACUCUGUGGUGGUUCAGCCUCUUCUGAAAGAUCGACCAGGGCAAAUGAAGUGCAGUUUUUGCCAACGUGAAAUUGUGACAGUGACCCGAUACGUCAACGGACAGCACACCUGGGUCGUUUUUGCAGCCCUUUUUAUUCUUGGUUGUUUGCCAUGCAGUCUGAUUCCCAUUCUGUACCAAGUCCUGUAGAGAUGUGGAGCACAGCUGCCCCAACUGCCACAAAGUCGUCUACGUUUACAGACGCAAGUGAUUCUGCCCAAGCGAGGAGUAUUAACUACUUCAC